AUGGGACACGGAGGCGCUUUCCUCCUCUUUGUCGCCCGCCUCUCCUUGCGAAGGGACACCGGGGAUGCCUUCAGACACACACAAUCGAGGCGCCUUGCUUCGUCUUUAACAAAGCCGCAGUCCUCCGUCGCGCUGCCUGCUCCAAGUCUGGAAUCAGCAGCGAAGCAGAGCCAGAGACCGUCUCUGGGCCUGCCGGCAUCCUUCUGCUCCCGCGCGAGAAGUAGCGCGACGCGACAGAGGAUUCGGCGUGUCUCCCUUCGGGAUGCGGGCGAGAGAGAGACAGGCAGCAAGAGAGGAAAAGGCGCAGCGCGCGGGUUCUCUGUCCACUUGGAUGCGGCAGAGACAACUGAGGGCUCCGGAGAAAUACGGGCGGGAGACGUCAGUGCCGACAAAGGGAGAUGCUUCUCACACUUUGAUCCGGCUUCAGGAAAACCGCGCAUGGUCGACGUGGCAUGGAAACAUCCCUCUGUACGUACGGCUGAGGCCGAGGCGCAAGUACUCCUCUCCCAUGAGGUGUACGUACAGCUGACGAGAGGCAGGGAAGUUGCGACAGACCUGGUUUCGUGGCAAACGAGCAGAAACUCGGGUCAGGACGACGGCGAACGCCGGUCGACUUGUGGCGCGCCAGACUCCUCAGGUGCUUCCCGCGCAGACAAGGGACAAGAAAGCUCGCGGACGUCUCCUCACCUCGAACCCGAGGCACUGAUUCGUCCCUGUUCACCAAACAAGGGCGACGUCUUCGCCGUCGCAGAGCUCGCGGGCAUUGCGGCAGCGAAGCAGACAAGCUCGCUCAUACCGCUGUGCCACAACAUUCCUCUUUCUUCCAUCGACGUGUCAUGCUCGCUGGUCCCUUCUCUCGAGAAACGCUGUCGAGACGAAGCAAGAAAUAGCGAUUUCGAGACUGAGGCGCAAAGCGGCUGCGUUGUGACGAUCCGAAGCCGUGUGAAGUGCGUCGGCAGCACAGGCGUCGAAAUGGAGGCCAUCGUCGCCGCGUCUGUUGCGGCGCUCACGAUCUACGACAUGUGCAAGUCGCUUGAUAAAUCCAUCCGCAUCGAGGCUGUCAGACUGAUCUCGAAGACAGGCGGCACCGAGGAAAAGCAAAUCCGACAAGGAGUCACGCACAAGCCACACCUGAAGGAGUGA